AUGAAUGAUUUGUUUGAAUUAUUUUUUGUGCCAUCCGCUCGUCGGCGUUCUCAUCAUUCUAAAUUACCUCAUAAUAAAAAUGAUUCAUCGACUGAUUUACAACCCUCCCUUGAUUCUUUUCCUUCAAACUUUGUUACUUUAGAAAAACAGCAAGUAGAGGAAGAACAAAGACGUCGUUCAUAUCCACCACCUUCAAAAUACCGUUAUGAAAAACGAAAUUUUGAAGAUGAUAAUUUGAAAGAAAUGCAGGCAGAUUUUGAUAAUCUAAAUAAUAAUACAAAUAAUUCUGAAAAUGAGAAUGUUAAUUUCUCAAUUUCUUCGUUAAAAAAAGAAAAAUCAGCAGCAAAUCAAACACAAUUUUACUUAGAACAACCACCCCCUCCCCCUCCUAUUAAUCUUUUCCAAACACCCAAAUCUUCUUUAAUUUCUUCUUCAACUUGCCUCUCUUCUUUAAAAAAUGAUCAGGGAAAAUGGCAACAACAAAAAGUUUGUUUUUCAAAAAAUAUUUUUGAAAUACUUGAAAAUAAAAAUUAA